GAAAUACUAAAAGUGAAAGAAAUGAGAAUAAAAUUUUGAAUCUUUUUAAAAUUUUAAAUUUUAAUUAUAUUCAAAAAGAAAUUAAUAUUAUAUUUUUUUAAAAAUAUUUUUAUCUGAUCUUAUAUUUUUAUCUGAAAGGGAUUAAUUGAUAAAAUUGAUGUCAUACGAUUCAAGCCUUAAAAACACCCUCGCCUUCUCCGGACACACAGCAUAGGAUACCGGACUGCCCUUUUUUAUAGCGGCCAUUUCAUGGUGGUUCCCAAAUAAGUUCCAAAGGUUUGUUUGGAUGAUUGUGUUGAGCUUGACAAUGGGGUCUGGUGCAGGUAGUCCCACUUCAAUGGACCAUGUUUUUCUGAGAAGCUCUCAUCAGAGAGAUGUAAUUUUGGGUUCUUCUAUGAAAAAAGAAUCAUGGGGUUUUAAUCUCUACUUGCCCAACCUCAAGUACAAAUCAAGAAUCUCAUUUUGCUGCAAGAAUGAAUCAAUUGAUUUCCAAGAAAGAACAAGUCCUAAUGAGGUCAAGAAAGAGAUUGAGCAAUGCUAUGAAUUAAUACACAGGCUUGGUCGCGGCGUUGUGUAUUUGGGAUCUUCAAGGAUGGGUCCUGGACAUCCACACUACAUAAAAACCUUUGAAUUAGGGAACAAGAUUGCAACCCUUUUAGAUUGUACGACGUGGACCGGGGCUGGGCCAGGCUUAAUGGAUGCUGCCACGCAAGGUGCUCUACAAGCAGGGAAGGCUGUUGGUGGGUUCAAGAUAGGUAGAGAAGCAGGGGAAUGGACAUCUACAAAUUUUCAUUCGUACUUACCAUCAGCGAGUUAUCUUACAUGCAGAUUUUUCUCCGCAAGGAAACACGGGUUAGUGGAUGCUGUCGUGAGAAGUCAAAGCUCCGAUAGGACAGCUGUUGUUGCACUUCCCGGAGGAAUUGGUACUCUCGACGAGGUUUUUGAGAUCAUGGCUUUGAUUCAACUCGAACGAAUUGGCUCUCGACUUCCUGUUCCUUUGCUCCUAAUGAACUAUGACUCAUUUUAUUCCAAUUUGCUGGAGUUCCUCAAUGAUUGUGACAAGUGGGGGACUGUCUAUAAGGGUGAGGUUGCUUCAUUGUGGAAAAUUUGUAACAAUAACUCAGAAGCUUUGGCUUACUUGGCUGAAUUUUAUGGUCUUUCCCCUAUAGAAAUCUUGGAAACAGCCAGAAAUGCAAGGUAAGACUGCAUACGGUACACCCUUGUGGUGGGGCCCUUCCCCGGACCCUGUGCGUAGCGGGGGAGCUUAAGUGCACCGGGCUGCCUUUUUUUCCCCUGUAGAAACCAGUAGAAAAGAUUCUGAAUCAUCAGAAUGUAGAAGUUUAAAUUGACAGUUUUGUACACAUAUUAGCACUUAACCAUGCUGAAUUGACAUGUAUUUUGAAAUUCUAUCUUUCAACUGUUAAGGUUAACUUUCUUGAUUUGGUGUAAA